ACGCAAAACCUAACUCCCUUUUCCGUUUCCCCUUCCCCAUCCAUCACCCACCUCAAGAGCCACCACCCCACCAAACCAUUCCUAUUCCCCACAAAGAAAUAGAGAGAGGGGGCAGCGACUGUGUGUGAGAGAAGCAGAGAGAGAAUCCAAUUCCCACCUACCUCUCCUCUCUCUCUCUCUCUCUCUCUCUCUCUCUCCCUCUCCCCUUAUUUUUCUCAUCCUCUCUCACUCCUCCUCCCCCUUUCGUUUUUAUCGCCUCCUUUUCCGAAUCAGAACAAAACCCAAAUUCUGUAUCCCCAUCUUCUGUUUGUUCCUCUCACUCAUCUAAUAAAAAUGGAUUCUUCGAUUACCCAUUUGCUAAAAGUCGAAUCUUUGCCUCUCAAGCACUGUGAAUCCGCUUGAAACCGUGGCAGAUAAUGCGAGUGUCUGUCACUAAGCCAUAGAAGAAAGCGUUUUACAUUAGGUUUUGAUCAAUGGGUAGGAAGCAAAUCCAAGUUUUCGAUGAUAGGAGUGAUGGGUUUCUAUCUGUUUGCAAUUUGGGAAAUUUGGGAUUUCAAUGGAGUCCCGAAGAGGGGGGUUGCCAUCCCGGAGGCUUAUUUGCAAGCGUUAGCCAAGUGGGGAUGGGCUUCGGGGUCUCGCCGGACCCUCCCAAUCCACGACGUGAUGGCGGGGCCGUGAAGCUUCCGUAUGCCGAGCAGUACAUGAAGUAUGUGGAGGGGAUUAAGAGUUUUGGGGUUGGGGAAGAGAAAGAGGUGGUGAAGAAUAAGAAGGGCGGACUUAAAUUGAAGAUUAAGAUUGCUAACCCUUCACUGAGGAGGCUAAUAAGUGGUGCAGUAGCCGGGGCAAUUUCACGGACGGCUGUGGCGCCAUUGGAGACGAUAAGGACUCAUUUGAUGGUUGGGAAUUGUGGGAAAUCUACUACUGAGGUCUUCAAUGAUAUAAUGAAAAUUGAUGGGUGGAAGGGGUUGUUUAGGGGAAAUCUAGUCAAUGUGAUUCGGGUUGCACCGAGCAAGGCGAUAGAGCUGUUUGCUUAUGAUACGGUUAACAAGCAACUGUCACCAAAACCUGGAGAGGAGCCCAUACUUCCAAUUCCUGCCUCGUUAAUUGCAGGUGCUUGUGCUGGAGUGAGCUCAACAAUUUGCACAUACCCUCUUGAGUUAAUUAAGACGCGGCUAACCAUUCAGAGAGACGCUUAUGACGGUCUUCUGGAUGCAUUCUUAAAAAUAGUGCGAGAAGAGGGACCGGCAGAACUCUACAGAGGUCUUGCCCCUAGUCUUAUUGGAGUAAUUCCAUAUGCUGCCACCAAUUACUAUGCUUAUGAUACAUUACGGAAAGCCUAUCGCAAGUUUCUCAAGCAGGAGAAGAUCGGCAACAUUGAAACCCUUUUAAUUGGAUCAGCAGCCGGUGCUAUUUCAAGUACUGCGACAUUCCCACUUGAGGUGGCACGCAAGCACAUGCAGGCGGGAGCCGUGAAUGGAACACAACAUAGAAAUAUGCUUCACGCCCUCACCAGUAUACUUGAGAAGCAGGGGGUUGAGGGUUUAUACAAAGGGCUAGGCCCGAGCUGCAUGAAGUUGGUGCCUGCGGCAGGGAUUUCUUUUAUGUGCUACGAAGCGUGCAAGCGGAUACUGGUAGAGGAAAAAGAGGAAGAGUAGAAUAUUUUCCUGAGAAAUAAAUUAAUAUUACAUAUCGGUCCUAGCAGGGGUAAGGACACGGGAUAACUUAUCUCCGACACAGGUUUACUCGCCCAUUUUCUUCUUUUGAUUGCUGGAUAUUUAUUUUCGUUCCUUCACAUUUUGCAACUGAGUUGAGGGGAGCCUUGUUUUUCAAGAGGUUAGACUUGAUGCUUUUGAGGAUUAAUUUGAAUGGCAUUUGGCUUUUUUCGUCAUUAACUGAGUGAGCAGAUUACUGUUGACUUGAUAUGUUACAUGCGGCUCCAAGGGUGGACACAUUGUACGCAUGCAUUUCUUUGUGGGGUGCUCUUUAUUUAUUGCUUUGGAGGAUUUGCCAGCAAUUCCCUUUGCUAUCCUUGUCCUUGCGUGUCAGCUCGUGUCGCCAUUGGGGACGUACACUGCCGAAAGGCCACUACUGAUUGGGUUGUAUGUGACAAGAAAUUAUUGCAUGGUACGGGAAUGAUCUUAAGCAUAAGCUCCUUAUUUGUAUUAUAACACGUGAAUAAAUUAUAUCAUGUGACAUAAUUCCGGACAAUAAUCUUUUGCUGCGGACA